GCGAACUCUCUCCUGAUCCGCCCAAAGGAAAAAGUGGCCUCAGAGGGGCCAAGAUCCAAGGGUCCAUGGAGGAUCGUCAGGUUAGACUUUGGUCCCAGCACCUCCAAUAGUCGGAUCUGGAAUGGGCCCUUUGCCGAAGGGAAUCGAUCUUUAUUGAUAUGGGCGACCAUUCCCGCCCCUCGUCCCCGUCUGGCACAUGUUCCAGAUCUUUGGAUAAUCUUGAUAAUAUAAUAAUAUAGAUGCACCCUGGGGAUCGAUCCUAACCACGAUCCCACGUCCUGGGUCAUCCUCUUUGGUUUGCGACGCGGAGUUCCUCGUGGACUCGCCGUGAGUACGACAAAGCCGCCACAAGAUGCCCACCCGAGUCUUUGGGGGGUCCUUUGCCCGCGAAACAUGGGCCUUGUAUGGGGUGGGCAUGUUGGGCGUGGUGUUGCGAUUUGUGGCGAGAAUCAAACGUCUUGGGAUACGGAAUCUGCAAGCGGAUGACUACCUGAUGAUGUUCGCAGUCUUCUGGUAUACCUUGCUCUGUGUGGCAUUGAAUGAAGUCGCUUCAGGAGGAGGUUCCAACUUGAUGACACCGGAAGAGAUCGCUACCAUGACACCAAAGAUCCAUGCGGACCGAGUGACGGGCAGCAAGUGGGUUUUCGUGUCGGAGCACUCCAUGGUGCUUACGAUAUGGAGCCUGAAAGCCUGCAUGCUGAUCAUCUAUGCCCGUAUCACAGAAGGGUUGAGGCAGCGACGUCUGAUCAAUUACUGCGCUGUCUAUGUCGGCCUGGGCUUCGUCGGAACAGAACUCGCGCUCUUCCUGACCUGCCGCCCACUGUCGGAUUAUUGGGCUGUGCCAACACCUAACUAUCAAUGCUCGUCGUACCAGCACUACGAGAUCAUCCAGGGAGUCUUCUCAAUCUCAGCCGAUCUGCUCAUGUUGUGUGUCGCCAUCCCUCUGCUGAUGAGCGUUCGUCUACCGCUGAAGCAGAAGUUGAUUCUUCUGCUCCUGUUCGGCAUGGGCGCCUUCGUCAUCGUCGCUGCUAUCCUCACGAAGGUCUACUGUCUCGUCCCGUGGCUGAUCAACUACGUCUACAUGAACUGGUAUUUCCGGGAAGCGACGGUCGCUAUUCUGGUCACCAACAUCCCGCUCAUCUGGUCUCUCCUCCGCGACAUCUUCCCCGCCCUCAAGAGCUGGACCGGUGGAUCAAGAAGAUUGACAGAACGGUAUCGUUCGGGAGCCUACACCAAGAGCUCAGUAUUUCGCAAAUACGGAACGCCCAGUGGAGUGCAGUCAAGCGAAUUCAGCAUGCGCAGCAUGCGAGACUUCGAGCGUGUCGGGUCCUCCCCGUUGAAAGAGGUCUCGGACGUCAGCAUUCGCCAAAGUGAGGAGCGCGAAGCUGUUAGCGACGAUGGCUCCGCCCGGGCUCUGAGGAUUCGACAGGAUAUCACCGUUACUGUCCAACACGACCAUCGAGAGAUCGAGCCAGAACAUCGACAGAACUGGCCUCUGGGCCAGACGCACGAGGCCCUGGCUGUCGCUGCACCGGAACCUUGAAACACUUGUACAUGCAGCAUUCCCUUUCGAUUUUCCCCUUUUAGCCUUUUUACCCUUAUAUACCGUGACUGGUAUGUUACGACCCGAGUGGAGGACUGGCGUUUCGGAACAAGCGAUCACCAAAACUGGAUCAUCAUUUUCUUUCUUUCUUGCUACAUAUUUCUAUAUAUGUACAUCCAUUUUCUGCCCCUCUUUGGAUAUUUUCUUUUGCAUAUUUUUGACGGAGGAUCCACAUACGACCUAGCGAUGUACAUGUCUCUCUUAAUGAACAUAGAGAAGGAAAAAAAAUAAUCCGAUUUUGACGACUACCAAGGUCCCCGGAGAGAAAUGUCUGUUUGUAUUUUGAUCGUCAUUUCCCUUUGCCAACAGGAAUACAUACUAUCGAGAGACGACCAAAAUCGUACCUUGGUU